AUGGCUACUGUGCUGAUCGACGCAGGUGCCGACGUCAAAAUAACGAACUCAAUUGGCCAGACUGCUCUGCACCAUGCUGCGCGCUCAGAAAAUCCACAUCUGGUGCGCCUUCUCCUCGGAAAAGGGGCACUCCCGAAUGCGGCCGACAAAUGGGGCCAAAUGCCGUUGCAUUACGUAAGUAUGAACGCAGAAACAACAGAAGCACAGGCUUACCAGAUAGUGACUGCGAUCGUGGAAGCGGGCGGGAAUGUCCACCUCGUCAAUGACUAUGGCGAAACACCUCUGCUAAGAGCGUCUUUGCAUAAUAGACGGCCUGCAAUGCGGGCCCUUGUCCGACACGGCGCGCGCAUGGACCACCUUGAUAACUAUGGAAGGGGAAUUAUCCAUUACACACUCACGAGAGGGAGUCAGAAAUAUCUUGACCUGUUGAGGUGGGAGUCAGACCUUGAGGGCUUGGAUCCCGAUAUCAAGAAUAUGCACGGAGGAUCUCCUAUUCAAAGUCUGUGUUAUAUAUUGACACAUGCGGCCAACUGUCCCGUUGCACAAUGGCCAAGAACGCACUCGCUCGUUUCCUCCGCCAGUGCGUUGGUUGUAGAGCUGAGGGAGCAGAACUGGGCGGCUGGCAGGUUUCUCGAAUCAAGAGGAGAGCUGCAGGACAGCGGGUGGCACAACGCCCUGAAGCGGUGGCUUGGGGCGGAGUUUCUGGCUAUGCAAUAUGACCCCGAUCUGCAGCACGAGGUAUGGGAUCCGACGAUUGAUUGGUAUUUUCUCGAGGAGCAUGUCGAUGAGAGGCAAGAUCCAUGGGACAGAGAGCCUUGGGUCGAGGAUGAUGGCGGUGGAGGCUGUUUUCUAGGGCUUCUAGCCCUGUUUGGAGAAGACUGUGAUGACAUGGAGGAUCUUGAAGCUGCAACAAGUCACGCUUCGGACGAGGACGAUGAGGCGUUCUUUGACGCUGUGAAUUUCUAAAGAGGCGAGGUUACCAGCAGUUUCACCAUGGAUCCCUCCGAGAAAUUCGUCGUGGUCUUCAGCGAUCAACCAGCGCCGGGACCUAUCCAGUACUUGGUCAGUCCACCUGGAUUGGUGGCGGAUCAAGCCGUGCGUGCUGCGCAGGUUGGCC